CUGAGCCAAAGGGUUUGUGCAUCCAGAACCAGUUUUAAAUAAUUUUUUUUUAUAAUAAAGUGUUUGAACUGUACAACACUGGAACAGAAUCAGGACAAAGGUCCUAAGUCUAUGCUGCUUUUCAACGGAAACCUAGCUGAACUGAGGGGUGAUGGCUGGUCCGGAAAUCAGAGCCAUGAAGAAGUAGGAUGAUUUGGGCUGCUACUGGUCUGGGUGCUCCUUCAAUUGCGUCCCUCAGCAAAACGCCCUCAGCACACUAGGUCGUUAUACGACACCAGCAAGAUGAACAAAAACAAACUGAUUCAUGAUUUCCUGGACGUGGUUUCCAGGGGUGAUGUGGAAUGCAUCUGUGGCCGUAUUCCUGAAGUCCAUUCAGUCCUCGGGAACCUUGACUUUCAGCACCCACAGACUGGAAAUACACCCCUCAUUACUGCGGCAGAGGAAAAUCUAUCAGAGGUUGUUGAGAUUCUUCUGGAGAAGGGAGCGGAUAUCACCCUCUGUAAUUACAGCAAUCAAACUGCGGUCCAUGUGGCUAAUGGUGGCAUCCGGAGACAGCUAUUGGCCGGCAAGAGAAUCCAAGCUCCCCAAAUGCAGCUUCUAAGAAGUUCGUGGCAAGGCGAUCUUGAGCAGCUUCGACACUUGCUGGCAUCCGAAGAGUUCCUGGAUAUAAACUUCCCAAACCUGCAUGGCCUGACCCCUCUGAUGCUGGCUGUGAGAGAUGUGGACCUAUUUGAGAGUCUGGAUGUAUUAACAGUCUACAAGCCUGCCGAAGUUCUAGCCGAGCUCCUCAGGCAUCACGCAGAUCCUAAGCUUUGUGACUUCAGUGGCAAGUCCGCAAUACAUUAUGUGUCACAAAUUGAAAGUUGGAGGAAGCCGCAGUUAUUGGACAUCCUGAUGAAUUCUAUGCCCAAACCAGAAAGACAUGCGGAGUCACUACUUGACAUUGGUCAUGAGACAAGCUCUUCUCCAGUGGAUAUGACAGUUUCCAAAACUGAAAACAUCAUCUUGCAGAGUGUCAGCAGCAGUGAGGACUUUGGCCUUGAGGAUGACUACAGCCUGUCAAUACCGGAUGGUGAAGAAGGAGCUCCCAGGGGUGAAGACUGGCCAUGCAGGACAGAAGGUGUCGAGAUUAUAGUGACAUUUCCACCAGAUCCUCCCCAAGAAACCAGCCAAGAAGAUUUGAAAGAAAUCAAUCAGGUGACAUCAUCGCAUCAGGAGUGGGGACAGGUGCACCCUGUCUCUCCACCGGAUGCAGUGGAGAUGGUGGGCCUCCUUCUGAAGAGGGAAGGAAGUUCUGAGGAGCUCCGUGGCGCAGAUGUGGCCCUCUUACCAUCAAGACCUGGCUUAGAUCCAGGUACUGCUACGUCUGCAGCCAGGGAGGAGGUUCCCCAUGACCUGAGAGUGCAGCAAAGGAUAUCUGAAGAAUUUCCUACUUCUGACAUGAGAUACAGUAGCCGAAGAAUCGAGAUUCCUCUGCCACCACCAUCAUUCUUGCCCAUGAGGUCUUGUGUCCUCGAUAUGGAAAAAAGUCACAAGUUCCCAAGACACAGGGAGAGAAAAGUCCUAAGCCUCAUCCCCUCGGGACCUAAGCACUUGGAGCCUCUUAGUCAAUCAGCUGAGUUUAGUUCAUCAAAGAACCAUCCGGGAGUCACAUGGAAAGGACCAGCGGAACAGACCCUCAGGGCUUCUGACAGUGCCAUUUGGUCUAGAAACAUGUGCUCUUUCCAGAAGGUGGACCAUCCCAGAAGACAGGGGGGAGUGGCGGAGAGCUGGCGAUCCCAGGAAAUGGAAGGAUGGGACAAAACUGGAACCUCUGGCUUUGAAGAAGGGCCAUCUGUGGUUUCCUGUGAGAGUGUCAAGGAAGGCAACAUUCCCACAGAGAGGGAAAGGGGCAGUGAGUGCCAGAGAAAAGGGGGGGAGAACUCCCAGUACCUUUCAUUAAGAAAAAAAGAGGGUUCGACCGUCAGAGUAUGUGGGGAACGAGAUCCUGAAGUUGUGCACACCACGCUCGGCAAGCUCCAGGAAGCCUCGGAUGCAGACAUGACCCCAGCUGAGGAAAAAGAGAUCAGAAAUGAGAAAGUUCCCGAUUCCAAAAGCAAUUCUUUACCCAGAGCUGGAGCAAUGGGACCGCACACUGUGUUAGAAGAGCUCAGCCUUCUUAAGAACGCCUCCAGUGUGGACUCGGAUGGCUCCACUGGAGAGCUCCCAGAAAGUGAGAGAGACACAGAACAGAACAAAAACCUAUCACUAGAGGAAUCAACCAUACCAGAAAUGAAUGGAAUGGUGCCUCUGACCCAAAUCACAUUCCCUGGAGAAGGAACACCCAAGGAGCCAGCCACAGUCAAAGCCAGCCUCCAAAGGAGGAAGCCCUUGGUGCAGAACAGCAGCAGCCUCAACAUGCUCGCUCAACAAGAACAGGACCAACUCCAGGCAAAUACUCAUAGAGCCAAGUUGGAUUCAAGGAUCAAGGCGAGAAACAGACCGCCUCCUAAUCUCACGGUUUCUAUUCAAGCUUCCACUCAACCCAACAGACAUAAAAGCAGCAUAAAAACUCAAGUUUUCCCUGCUUUGGAACUCAUGGACCCCAGACCUCAUCCAUCCCCCAAGUUUCAAAGGAGAGCGCCUCUGACAGAAAAGAAGAACUCAGUGCAUCAGACCCAGAAACCUAAAAAGCAAGCAUUUCCUCGAAUCUGUAAAAAUUCAGGGAUAAAAAAGCCAUGUGUUCCCCUCUCGGUUGAAGCAACAGGUCCAAGACUGCAUUUCCUGGACUUGAAGUAUAGUGACAUGUUCAAAGAAAUCAAUUCCACCUCCAACGGACCAGGGAUCUACGAGAUGUUUGGGACUCCUAUUUACAGCCACAUUCGAGAGGCAGAAAGGCAUGAACACAGACAUCACCGUGAAAUAUGCACAGCUCCCCUGGGCCGAUGCGUCACCAGCAAAUGUCAGUCUUCCCAAAGCGACAGAAGCAGCAAUAGCCGAGCAAGACUUCUUCAGAAGAGACCACAUGUUAAACCCCCAAAGCCUUCACUUGGGCUCAAGCAAAAGCACAGAGGGUUAAUUUCCAAAGCAAAGGGUUGCAAGGCUAUGGGUAGCCACACGGAGGAUGGUGUUUCAGAACCAGAUUGGCAGAUGAGAUCUUCAGGAAACGGUUUUCUGUCUCCCAAGGAUGAAGUUCAGCUCACGAACUUGACACUGAUCCCUGAGCAAUCCCCCAAACAGAAAGAAACCCCUCCUGUCUCCGAUCUAUCCAUUGUUGAAGAAGAAAUCUUCACGGAGGAGUGUGUGGAUGACAGUGACGUACUAACCCAAAGCCUUGGAGAUCUGAAAGACCUUGAAGAGCUGUACCACCAGACCCUGCUCGUCCCUUCAGAAGACAGCUGGGCUGUGCUCAGCAACAAGGCUUCAGGCAAGCAUCACGUGUCACCAGAAAAGCCGGAUGGAGAACCUCUUGACAAAGUAAAUGCUGGCCAGAUGUCCAUGGACUACCUAGAAUUUGAUAGCCUUUCAGAUAAGUCUAAAACACUUGUGAGCUUUUCAAGUUUCUCUUUCCAUGAGAACCCAGAAAGCGUACCUUCCCCGACAGAACAACACUGGACACGUUCUUUGGAUCAGGAUAGCCUAGAAAACAACUCUGUCACAUAUGGAACAUUUGGAAAGAUUUCCCAAGAAAUCUUAGACCCGGGAAAGAAGGAAGAAUUGACGGACGAGUUGCUAGGCUGUCUAGUUGAAGAACUAUUAGCACUUGAUGAGACAGAUAACAGCUCUUGCCAAAUAAUGACAAACGAGGCAGAUGCCGAAAACCUGAACCUUGUCUUCAGCAGGAGAGGCAAUACCAUCGAAGAACUGGACAGAGAGACUACAAAUGUCAAACUACAGAGGUGUAUUAAUGGAUUCAGGAUAUAUGAUAAGGAGGAAAACUUUCUUAACUCAAAUGAAAAGAAGACACUUUCUGACAAGAGUCUAAAACAUGAAGAGGCUAUAUUCUGGACCAAGGGUGAGAUCCUUGGGAGAGGAGCAUAUGGCACAGUUUACUGCGGGCUUACCAGCCUAGGGCAGCUCAUAGCCGUAAAGCAGGUGGCCUUGGACACUUCUGACAAAUUGGCUACUGAGAAAGAGUACCGGAAACUGCAGGAGGAAGUGGAUUUGCUGAAGGCACUGAAGCAUGUAAACAUUGUGGCUUAUCUAGGGACAUGCCUGGAGGAGAACACGCUGAGCAUCUUCAUGGAAUUUGUUCCUGGUGGCUCCAUCUCUAGUAUUAUAAACCGCUUCGGGCCCCUGCCUGAGACGGUGUUCUGUAAAUACACAAGGCAGAUCCUGCAAGGUGUAGCUUACCUCCACGAGAACUGUGUGGUCCACCGAGACAUCAAAGGAAACAAUGUCAUGCUCAUGCCAACUGGAACAAUAAAGCUGAUUGACUUCGGCUGUGCCAAGCGUUUGGCCUGGGCAGGCUUAAACGGUACCCACAGUGACAUGCUGAAGUCCAUGCGUGGGACGCCAUACUGGAUGGCCCCUGAGGUCAUCAAUGAGUCUGGCUAUGGAAGGAAAUCAGACAUAUGGAGCAUCGGCUGUACCGUGUUUGAGAUGGCCACUGGGAAGCCUCCUCUGGCUUCCAUGGAUAGGAUGGCAGCCAUGUUUUACAUUGGAGCCCACAGAGGCCUAAUGCCUCCUCUACCUGACCGAUUCUCAGAAUCCGCUGCAGACUUUGUGCGCCUGUGCCUGACCAGGGACCAGCACGAGAGACCUUCUGCUCUCCAGCUCUUGAAGCACUCCUUCCUGAAGAGAAGCCAGUGAACAUGCCCCAACUUCCCGCUCUAGACCCCACCCCCACUCCCGGCUCUGCUGUGGGGAAUGAUGGUUAAGGGACUUAUUUUCCUGUUGUAAAUUCAACCUAGCCCAAUUUAACCAGAUCCUGCAGCAUUAUUGGAAAGUUUUAGUUACAUACUGACCUUAAACUUCAGGCAUGACUGUCUGUGUGCAUGAGAAGAAAAUUUUCAUAAUAAUAAUUUUUUAAAAACCCACCCAAACCCCCAUUCCAGUGUUUACAAUUUGGAUCGCCCAAGAGCUGUCUCUACUGCUUUAUAUACUUCUUUUAAUUUUUUUCAAGACAGGGUCUCACCACAUAGCCCUGGUUGUCCUGAACUCACUCUGUAGACCAGGAUGGCAUCAAACUCACAGAGAUCUGCCUGCCUCUACCUUGGAGUGCUGAGAUUAAAGGCGUGUGCCACCACACCUGGCUUACUUCCUUUAAAUGGUUUAAAAUAAAUCACACACAAUUUGCCUGAUAAUUUGCUUAUUUAUUUGUGUGUGUGUGUGUGUGUGUGUGUGUGUGUGUAAAUCAGAGGUUGACAUUUGGUGUCUUUCUCUGUUGCUGUCUCCUUUGUUUUUUGAGGCAGGGUCUCUCACUGUACCUGGAGCUCACCCAUUGGCUAGGCUAGUUGGCUCACCAGCCCCAGGGGGCCUCUGGUCUCCACCUUUAUUGAGUUUUUU